AAUUCCUGAGGCCCGUUGAAAUCACAUACGCAAGGAAAGAGGGAAGGAACCGAUUUUGCUCCUGUACUAGUCUUUGACGUGGAGAUGGUCGUGGGUUCGAGACUCUGUGCGGGUGCCCUGCUCCUGUUCCUGGUUUUCUUGGCCGGUGUGGAUGGCUCUUUGGGUUCUGCCGGUGCUUUGUGGGGCAAUGCAGAUUUCAUGAAAAUUUCGAAGAAGACGACUUGUGAUGGGUCGAUCGGUGAUUGUUUUCCAGAGGAAGAAAUGUUGAUGGAUUCGGAACUGAACAGGAGGAUUCUGGCUACAACACAGUAUAUAAGCUAUGGAGCUCUGAGAGCGGAUUCUGUGCCCUGCAGUAAGAGUGGGACAUCUUAUUAUAACUGUGGGAGUUCUGGGCAGGCCAAUCCUUACAGCAAGUCUUGUACUCAGAUUACUCGCUGUGCAAGAGAUACUAGCUGAGGGAUUCUCCUGGAUUUCUUUCUUCCAUCCUCAUGAAUUUCUGUCUGUAAGUUAAUAAAAUCCUGUGGGACUUUUUCAGUUUUAUUUUUCCUUCAUGGGUUGUGCUUUUAUUUGCAGGCCUUCUUGAAGGGUUUCUCAUAAAUUUGUAAUACUGAAAGCUUCUGUUUCAGUGUAUGAUUUGCUACCUUAAUUUGAUUUUGUCAUAUAUAUUUGAUGCUGGAAUUUGAUCUA